AUGACGGUGGUGCCACAGGUCGCCGGACGGGAGAUCUCGAACCCGCCGUCCGACGGCAUAUCGAACAUCAGAUUCUCCAACCACAGUGAUCACCUCCUCGUUUCGUCGUGGGACAAGAGUGUACGUUUGUAUGAUGUGAGUACCAAUGUGCUGAGAGGUGAGUUCAUGCACGGUGGGCCUGUACUGGACUGUUGCUUCCAUGACGAUUCUUCUGGGUUCAGUGCUUGUGCUGACAAUACUGUAAGGAGGCUCGUUUUCAACUACGGCAGGGAGGAUGUUUUGGGAAGGCAUGAUGCACCUGUACGCUGUAUUGAAUACUCCUAUGCAACAGGGCAAGUGAUUACUGGUAGUUGGGACAAGACCCUGAAGUGUUGGGAUCCUAGAGGAGCAAACGGGCUUAUUGGGACCUACACCCAACCUGAACGUGUCUAUUCUCUGUCGCUUGUUGGCAAUCGUGUAGUGGUAGCAACUGCAGGGAGGCAUGUUAAUGUUUAUGAUUUGCGGAAUAUGUCUCAACCUGAACAACGAAGGGAAUCUUCUCUCAAAUACCAAACUAGAUGUGUGCGCUGUUACCCCUAUGGCACAGGUUAUGCUCUUAGUUCUGUGGAAGGCCGGGUUGCAAUGGAAUUUUUCGAUCUUUCCGAGGCUGGUCAAUCCAAAAAAUAUGCAUUCAAGUGUCAUCGGAGAUCUGAAGCUGGAAGGGACAUUGUCUACCCUGUUAAUGCCAUUGCAUUUCACCCGGUCUAUGGUACAUUUGCAACCGGGGGGUGCGAUGGUUAUGUCAAUGUGUGGGAUGGGAACAACAAGAAGAGGUUGUAUCAGUACUCAAAGUACCCUACAAGUGUUGCAGCCUUAUCAUUCAGCAGAGAUGGCAGAUUAUUGGCCAUUGCAUCGAGCUACACAUAUGAAGAGGGAGAUAAACCUCAUGAACCAGAUAGCAUAUUUGUUCGCAGCGUGAAUGAAGUUGAAGUGAAGCCAAAGCCGAAAGUGUACCCCAAUACUACCACAUGAACCGAGCUUGCAAAAAGCUCAGGUUGUUUUACACUAGUUUUGGACAUGUUUGUCUUUGUUAUUAGACUAAAAUUGCAUCAACUGUUGGCUGAUCUAAUAUUAUUCAAGUGCAGAUUUCCUCUUGCCCAUUACUUGAAACAACCUACUAUUUAAAGGCUCAUGGGUAGAUUACUAGUGUUGGAAGGGUAUUCUGAUAGGGGUAUUAUUUAAGAGAAUUCGAAAAUAAGUCUCGGGCAUCACAAAAUUCAAGAAUACCAUUCC